AUGAGUCAUUUUAACGAAAGAUUCCUAAACCGCCGACAAUAUAGAGAAAUAUAUGGGUGGAGACCCCCAAGAGUACAAAGUAAACGUAAAUCUCAACGUUGUGUAUCAAACACAGUUCACGAUGUUCAAUGUCGAAAACGUACAGCACAUACAAAAAAAUGUUGGGUUCAUCUGGCCAAACAGGAUAAUUUACGUAUAAAACCCUCCCAAAUUCCUAACGCCGGCAAGGGUUUGUACGCAUGGAAAAAACCAAUACCCCGGGGUAGAAUUAUUUCCCAGUACACCGGACGCAAAAGAACCCGACAACAAAUCGAUCGUAAAUACGGUGAUGCAACGGCACAGUAUACCAUAUGUAACAGACGAGGUCGCUGUAUAGAUGCAAAUCAUACUACCGACGGUGCCGCACGUUUUGUAAACGACGCCCGCAAUAGCCGUUUUCAAAAUAACAGUAGAAUAAAAGGCCGCAGUGCCUUUCGUCUAAAAGCUACAUCUACGAUACAACCGCAUCAGGAAAUAUUUACAAAUUACGGUCGUGAUUAUUGGUUAUAA